CUUGCUAGGAUACAGUAAACAAAAUGGCGUCGGUGGAGGCUACAAUUGUGGAAGAUUUAAAGGAUCCAAGAGUCCCUUCAGCUCUUUAUUGGACAAUAGAACACGUAGCUGACUGGAUAGAGGAGUUAGGCUUCCCACAGUACAGGGCUUGUUUCCUGACAAAUCUGAUCAAUGGCCGUAAGCUGUGCUGCCUUCAUGCCUCUGCUUUCCCAGACAUUGGAAUCACAGAUUUUGAGCACAUUAAGAUAAUAGCCAAAAACAUUAGAGACUUGAUUUAUCUUGAAGAGCCCUUCUGGAACAGAAGUAUAGCUGACCCUCCCAAAAAUGACCUGGGCAUGUACUUGGAGCUGAAAUCUUCAACUGGAAAGAACAUCGACACCACCACCCUCAAACAGAUGUAUCUCAACAACCCCGACCCCAAGUGGCAGCCACCACUCUCAAAUCAGUGCAUGAUUCUGCCACGAAACUAACACCCCAUGUGAUGUCUGUCCUUUCACGUUUUCCGAACAGUGCUAUUGCUAUAUGAACAGAAUAUUUUCAAACUCACGUAUGGAUUCAACCCCAAGAAGUUGAAGCGACAUUUCAUUAAAAGGAGACUGGCACAAAUGCUCAGAUGGAACAAAGGAACAUUAUAUUAAAGCGUAUAAAGUAAAAUAAGGAGGCUGAAAUAUACGACUGAUUAAUCCUACCAUUUUUAGCUGUUUUGUAGGACAAACAGCUCAACAAAAGUCCCCAAAGGAAUAUCAAUAGAAAAUUUUCAUAAGUGAAGGACAGUAUUUAAGUGGGUGCUGUGUAAAAAUAACCCUUGUAAAUAGUUCACAAAACAAUAAAUUCUCUGAUGUACACAUA